AAUCUCAGCCCAGAGGAUCUUCCCCCAACCACUCUGGUGUGAAUCCAUUGUUCACGAGCACAUAGUGUUGUCUGUAGCAUAUUUUCUGCGACUGUCUACCAAUCUUGAUACUUGUUUUGCUUGGAGACUUUCACGAGCGGCGGGGGAUACACGCAUCCCAUGGUGGUUGUAACUGGAUGGUAGCUGCCAACUGCAGAGGCGUCGCAACCACCUGCUCCAGCUUGUCAUGAGAUUGUCGGAGACAUUAUCCAGAAUAUUUUCAAUUAUUUUAUUUCUGGUUUUGGUUUUGGUUUUUGUGAGGCUGUCAGCUUUUUAUCACGUUUAACAUGUUACUCCAGUUCAGAGUUUCUUGAUUAGAUUUGGCCCUGCACCUGCUGCAGCAGCGAUCAGAUUCCGUGUAACAGUGUACAGUGAGCCAGUGACAUAUGAUUCUAUGAAGCCAUCGUACACUUGGGGUUUUCUUGCAGAACCAGGGAAGAGAGAAUAGUUGGUUUUCAUUUUCUUGUGCACCGCAACACUCAGCUUAGCUUUGAGCAUCAAGGAGGUGGGUACGUGGUGCGAGGAACUCCAAGCUCUGCAUACUGGGCAGAACUGAAGUAGACGUACGACGUGACUGCAGCGAUGUCAAGAUUCCUCAGAGAGUUGUUCCACGGUAGCUCAUACCGUCAUCAUCCCCGUUUCUACUACGACGAUGCGGUGGUCUCCUACGGAGUGGGGCGCAGCAUGCUUCCCGAUGUUGUGCUCCAUGUUCCGAUGGAAACAAUGAAAGACGUCGAGAGGGUGAAGCAAGCAUUAGCCAUUGAAGGUGUGCACCGAGUAAGGUGCGACAUGGCGACCCAGACAGUGAUUGUCUCUGGCAACGUUCCUCCGAAGUCUCUCCUCCGACGUGUUCGGUGGAUUAAACGGCACUCCACUAUAGUCUCAUACGGUGUCCCCUACGGAGGUCCUGCUUAUGGAUCAGAAUACCCUGAAUUCAAUCCAUAUGCUCUGGAGCGGUACCCCAGGGACCCACCAUUCCAGUCGGCAUAUGAGACGGUUCCAGCCGAGUUAGAGUAUGGGUCGUAUGGGUCUCCUUACUCAAGACCUUAUUCAGCUUACAGCUACUAUUAAACAAUUGGCAGAGGUUAGAUAUGCUGUCUGCCAGUAUGGGGUCAAAGUUAAACAUUCUUCCCAGACCAACUAUUCUGGAGGUGCUAACAUUGUACAACUAUUGUAAUAGGUGCGUCAAAACUUGUUAUCGUGUCUCAUGGAAGCACAGGGAAGUUUUGGAUUAUCGAAGCUGGUCAUCGUGAUCUAGUAGUGGUAGUAAUAUACAUGUUGAACGGGCAAGGAUUAAGCAGGUCGUGUCACGUCGUGCGGCCAUGACUGUUUUUAGGGUUCGGCAGCUGCCAGAUUUUUUUGUGAUGACUUGUACACAAUGUAUCCAAGGAAUGUUUAUUAAUAGAUUUACUGCAUUUUCUUUGUGGUGUUGAACAAGUGAA